AUGAAAUUCCUCAGCCCAAUCUUCCGGUGUGCGAUCGAAGGCACUGCAGAGACACAGUAUUGUGCAAGCAAAGUGCAGCAAAAGGCCGGCUCUGACCACGUCCUAGCAACUAUUGAUGAAAGCGAUGAUGCCGGCUACAAGGCCAAGUCCAGCCCGCGCCUCCUAGACCGAUGGCUGGAUGCAUCUGUCCGCUUUGCUGGGUCGGCCCCCGUAUUCCUCUUCAUCGUUGCAGGCCUACUUACCUGGGCCUUGCUGGGAAUUCGCUUCGGUAAUUCGGACGUCUGGGUGGCUGCUAUCUCCGACGUGCAAGCCAUUCUAUGUUACAUUUACGACUCGCUGCUCAUGCGCCAACUUCUCCGCGAAUACUCUGAGCAACAGGAAGCCAUGGUCCAAAUUCAAUCCCGUUGCACCAGCCACCGUCGUAUGCUAGAGACUGUCAAGGGAAAGCUAGGACCAAAGGGAAUCGCCCGCGCAGCUGAACUCUGCAAAGACGAGCCCCUGCCCCCGCUUGAUGGUCUGGAUCGUGCCGCGGGUCUUUUCCCUCGCUUGGUUAGCUGGUCAGCCAAGGCGUUUGGUCAUGUUUCUACUGUUGGUCUGUACUGGGUGGGCAUCUUCAUUUGGCUGGGGUUUGGCCCUCAGUGCGAGUGGUCUAGUCGGUGGCAAUUGUACAUCAACGACGCGACGUCAGCACUCAUGAUUCUUGUCUUCGCAUUCCUUGCUUGUCUGCGCGAGUGCUUUGCCGACCAAACCAAUAUCUGCCUGGCUUCGAUUUUUAAAUUGGACGCCAAGUUGGAGAGAGAGCUUCGUCGUGUCAGUCAGGAUGAACUGCCUAAUCUAACGGUCACCAUCGCGCCGCCAAAGGAAAGUUAUCUCCAAAUGGUGAUUUACUAUUAUGCGGAUAUCAUUGGCACGCUAGUGGGAAUCAUCAUCCUGGUCCUUGUUAUCAUUGCCUGGGUGGCUGUUGGACCUGUAUUCCAGUUCAACAAUACCUGGUGGUUGCUGAUUGGAACUUAUGCCGGACUGGUCGGUCUAUUCGACAGUUUUGUACUGCGGAAUGUCCAAAGCAAGGUCAAUGAGUAUGUCACUGAGCAAGUUGUUAGUCUCGAGAAGCAGGAUAUGGAUCUGUAUUCCGGAUUAUCGGUACCCGUGCCUCGAGUUGAACUUCGACCACCCUCGCUCAGCCAGCGCGUGUCUCACUAUAUCAACACCAUCAGUUCGCAUCUGCUUAUGGUUGUUGCUGGGUUGAUUCUCACUUUGGGAUGUAUUGUGGCUUCUAGCGCGAUGAAGUGGAGCUUGACAGGUCAAUUGAUCUCGAAUGUUCCUCCCAGCAUCAUUGAGACGUUCUUCAUGCUUAUCUUGAUCACUGGUCACAAUUAUGCGGAGAAAAAGCUUCGAGCUGAUCUAAGUGAUAUAUAUCAUCGGCGCCAGCGUCUUUUGGUCUUUGUAGAGCAUGCGAGGGGAGUUGUUGAGUCUGAGGAGGAUAUGAACUCUGGGGUGAAGGGAGCGGGUGCUGAGUGA